GAAAGAAGGUUGUGGAUGUUGCUGUGGGAUCCACACAUUGUCUGGCCCUCACUGACGACGGAGAGGUGCACAGUUGGGGCAGCAAUGAUAAGCUGCAGCACUUUGAUACACUCUUUUCGAACAAGAAGCAGCCUAAGGCACUCCCAGGGCUCAACUCCAAACACAUAGUGGGAAUCUCCUGCGGCCCAGGACAGAGCUUCGCCUGGUCCUCGUGCUCAGAGUGGUCCGUCGGGCAGCGUGUGCCCUUUGUGGUGGACGUUUGCCCCAUGACCUUCGAGCAGCUGGACCUGCUCCUGCGACAGGUCAGCGAGGGGAUGGACGGCAGCUCGGACUGGCCUCCCCCACAGGAGAAGGAGUGCAUGGUAGUCGCCACACUCAACCUGCUCAGGCUCCAGCUCCAUGCAGCCAUAAGUAACCAGGUGGAUCCAGAGGAGCUGGGACUGGGGCUCGGCAGCGUGCUUCUCAAUAACCUCAAACAAACGGUGGUGGUACUGGCGAGCAAUGCUGGGGUGCUCAAUACUGUGCAAGCAGCUGCUCAAGCAGUCCUCCAGAGUGGCUGGUCAGUGCUGCUACCCACCGCUGAGGAGAGGGCGAGGGCGUUGUCCUCACUCCUGCCCAAUGCUGCAUCUGGAAAUGAGAUGAGUGUGAGCCCCGGACGUCGCUUCAUGAUCGACCUGUUGGUCAGCAGCUUAAUGGCUGAUGGAGGUUUGGAAUCAGCACUGAACGCAGCCAUCACCGCUGAGAUUCAGGACAUUGAAGCCAAGAAGGAGGCUCAGAAAGAGAAGGAGAUCGAUGAGCAGGAGGCCAAUGCCUCCACCAUGCACCGCUGUCGCACCGCGCUGGACAAAGACCUCAUCAACACGGGCAUCUACGAGUCAGCGGGGAAGCAGAGCCUCCCUCUGGUGCAGCUUGUACAGCAGCUGUUGAGGAACAUCGCCUCUCAGACCAUCGCCAGGCUGAAGGACGUUGCUCGGCGCAUCUCCAACUAUUUAGAGGCAGAGCAUGUCAGCAAAGAGCGCUCUGCGUCUCUGGACCUGCUGCUGCGCUUCCAGAGGCUGCUGGUUAGCAAACUCUACCUGGGUGUCAACGGCACAGAGAAUGUCAAUGGAUACAAUCCUGAGCUUCUGGGUGUUGGCUCCCUGUUAAAAAAGUACAUCGCUCUGCUGUGUACUCAUAUCGGAGACAUCCUCCCAGUUGCGACAAGUAUUGCCUCUACUGGUCGCCGCCACUUUGCUGAAGUCUCACGGGUUAUUGAAGGAGAUCUAACUG